AUUUUCGUUCUUUCAAAACUAUCAUCUCAAACAGGAAUGGUUUUUAUUUUUGGUGAAGAAAUGAAGAAAGGUGUUGGUAGGUUCAUCGCCGGAAGAGUUUCAACUAUUCUUGAUAACUCAAUUUCACCUUCAACCUUGCGAUUCUAUAGCUCACACUCACCUCCUUCAUCUUCCAGCAAACUCUUUGUUGCAGGAUUAUCAUGGUCGGUUGACGAGAAAUCUUUGAAAGACGCCUUCUCAUCCUUUGGGAAUGUCUCCGAAGUGAGGAUAAUGUAUGAUAAAGAGACUGGUAGGUCAAGAGGCUUCGGGUUUGUCCAUUUUUCUAAUGAAAAUGAAGCCAUGUCUGCAAAAGAUGCUAUGGAUGGAAAGGCAUUGUUAGGUCGACCAUUAAGGGUAAGUUUUGCGCUUGAGAAGGUUCGGGGUGUUCCUGUUAUAGUCCCUCGUCUACCUCACACUUGAAUUUGCAAAAUUAUGGAUCACUUGAACAACAACACAACCCCAUUCCUUUAGAACCCUUCUGUAAGUGCAAAAUCUCUUCCAACCAGUGGUGAAAGGCAGCACGGAACAGCAGUGAAAAGUUACAUACUGAGGUAGCAUUUAAGACUAUGAUUGAGUCCCUUCGAAUUAUUUUAAGAUAAAAUAGUAAAUUUGUUCUUUUAAUUAAAAAAAAUUAUCCGUUUGUAAUAGUAAAAAUUGACGUGGUUGGUAGAGUAGUUAAAUAGUAAGUAAGACAUGACAUGCCACGUGUAUUUUAUACUGAUGUAUAUAGACCCGUUUUUAAUAGAGAAAAUGAAUGAAAUUUUUAACAAAAGAA